AUGGCGUCGACAAGAGUUGAUUUUACCCUGACUGCAAAAACCACGUAUUUUGUUGAUCCAAAGAACAGCUUUGAACCCAUGUUCGUUGUCAAACUUUUGUUUCAAAGAAAGUGCCAAACAUCGGUAAGAAUCACAGGCGGACCACAAGAUUUGCCAGUUGAUGAAAGCCCAAUUGCUCAAAACUCGAUUUUGUUUGAAAUUCCUUUUCAAGUUGUUGCUCAACCUGAGUCAAGCCUUGCUUAUAUUUCCCACAUAAUUCAUGGCUUAAAUAUUCGAAGUGCAUCUUUAUCGAACAAUUUGGCCUCAAGGAUUGCUUCCUUUGCUGACAAUCUUUUAAGUAAAGGUUGUUUUGGAUUCUACGUGUUGGCUUGUCUGGGAGUUGUUCAUGAGGAAAUCGUUAAUGAAGUGGUAUCGGACAGUGAAGAAGAUGAUAGUAUUGCUGAUGAAUCCACCGGUACUCAAUGUGCAUCAAAGAUCAACCUUGAAGAUUGGAUCAAGAUGUAA